UGCGAAAAAAAGCAGUGUGUCGCGUCGGCAUUUCGUAUCUUUCUGGAGUUUAUUCCAUGUAUUACAAAAACUAAGGCUAAGCGUUCGGUAAGCUUUAAUUCCACGUACUAUCGGUAAUGUUUGUAAAGAUUUUUACACAUGUAAAAAUAUUGUAUCGUCUACCAGUGAAAACGUGUAAUUUCAGCGUUAGUAGCAGACUUCAAAAUCUCUUUGAUUUGAAUCGAACAAUGAAGAUUGGUACGCAUGAUGGAGUGUUUCACUGUGACGAAGUGCUGGCGUGCUUCAUGCUUAAAAGUCUACCUGCAUACAAGGAAGCUGAGAUUGUACGCACUCGUGAUGCAGAGAAGUUGAAAGACUGCAACAUAGUAGUUGAUGUUGGAGCAACUUUUGACCAUGAGAAAAAGCGAUAUGACCAUCAUCAGCGGGAGUUCACUGACACAUUAAGCACAUUGCGACCUGAGCUUGGUGAUAAGUAUAAGAUCAAAUUAAGUUCAGCAGGUUUAAUAUAUACUUACUAUGGUGAAGAUGUGAUCCAACAAAUCGCACCUAAAGAUGCACCGUUAAGCAAAGAUAACCUACAAAUAAUUUACAAAAAAGUAUAUGAGAAUUUUAUAGAAGAAAUUGACGCCAUAGACAAUGGAGUGCCAAUGACACAGGAGGAGCCAAAAUACAAUAUACGAACACAUCUGAGUCGUAGAGUUGGUCGAUUGAAUCCUGAAUGGAAUUCUAAACAAGUCAUUGACAUCAAUGAGAUAUUUAAGAAAGCUAUGAUUUUGGUCAGCGAGGAGUUCUUAUAUACUGUCAACUAUUUUAUAUCAGUAUGGUUGCCAGCUAGAGAUUACGUGAAGACAGCUCUUGAAGAUCGACACAGAGUGCACAAAUCAGGACAAAUACUUGAGUUUACGGAGCGGUUCCCAUGGAAGGAGCAUCUUUUUGAUUUGGAGAACGAAAUGGGCAUUGGUCAUGAGAUAAAGUAUGUUUUGUUCAAUGACAAACCAAAGUCAUGGAGGAUCCAAGCUGUCCCAUUGGAACCAACCAGUUUUGUUACAAGGAAACCUCUUCACAAAUCCUGGUGGGGUGUUCGUGAUGAGUUGCUUAGUGACGUAUCAGGGAUAGAAGGUUGUAUUUUUUGCCAUAGUACCGGAUUCAUUGGAGGAAAUGUAACGAGGGAGGGUGCCUUAGAAAUGGCAGUGAAAUCAUUGGAAGCUGAAUCAUGAUACUAAUAUAUACCAGUAUUGAUUUUAAAA